AACACGGGAGAGGUAGGAUCCGAGCAGGGUCUACUCUGCGGCUCUACUUCCAAAGUUCAGAAAAUGGGGAGAAAUAGACUAAGGUCCAGCUCGCAACGGCGCCAGGAGAUAUGGUCAAUUCCCCAGACCUUAAAUGUCCAUGAUCUGCUAUCAACCAUCACCCGGAUCUUUCGCGCAGACCUCUCUCUCUCUCUCUCUCUCCAGACUUAAGUGCCACCCUCAGUCCUGCGGGAUUGGUUUCACGUUCAUCCGACUGCAGGGCCCAUUGGAAGACGGUUGGGAGACGGCCAUCAUGUGCUCCCGGCACCCUGCCAUCUCUGUUCUCAGAGGGUUCAACUCAGCGACCCAAAGAUUUGCUCUGCUCUUGCUUUGCGCCAGUUUGGCGGGCAACGCUUCCGUCGUCUGCCCUCCGGUCUGCAUCUGUGCGAGCGAUAUCAUUACUUGCACCAAUAAGAAUCUGACCAAUGUGCCAAGGACGCUGUACAAAGUUGCGACCAGUUUGGAUGUUAGCUACAACAGAAUCAGCCGACUUGGCUCUAAUUGGACUCCAACCAUAUUGGACAGACUCAGAACCCUCAUCCUCAAUCACAACAGUAUAGGCUUCCUCUCCAAGAGGGCAUUUUGGUCCACCCCUGAACUCAGAUAUCUGGACCUGUCCUCCAACAAGUUAAAAAGUUUGAGCAACUCAUCCUUUCAAGGGCUGAGUUCCCUGGAGAUAUUGCUUCUGUACAACAAUCAGGUCGCCCAAGUCAGCAGCGGAGCUUUUGAGGGUUUGUACAAACUUCAUAAACUGUAUCUCAGUCAGAACUUGAUCUCCCACUUCCCACUGCAGGUCCUCAAAGGCGGGUCUAGACUCCCGCUUCUCGAACUCGUAGACCUCUCCUUCAAUAGACUGACAUCUGUACCAGUCCUGCAGUUGAGUGCGCUGCCGGUGAAGCUGCAGAGUGGUUUGUAUCUGCAUGCGAACCCAUUUACUUGCGAUUGCUCUUUCUACACAAUGGUCACCUACUGGUAUAAGAGGCAGUUUCGAUCGGCGGUGGAUUUUAAGGAAGAUUAUAGAUGUUAUUUUCAGCUCGACGCCAAGAGAAGUGUCAGUGUUUUGCUGAUCCAUGAUGAUCUAUUGAAUUGCUCUAACAGUGCCGUGAAUGGCUCUUUCCACGCUUUGGGGGUGCUCUACGAGGCUUAUUUGGGGGACAGGGUAGUUAUAAACUGUGACAGCAAGAUCCUAGACUCCGCCACCAACGUCCUGUGGGUCACACCCGAGAAUGAAACAUUGCAGUCUGGCAUUCAAAGGCAGGGUCUGGAGGUGUUAUUGAAUGGAAGCCUCGAAAUUCAAGAGGUGCAGACCGAAAAUGCAGGGGUCUAUUCCUGUAUAGCCAUUAACAGCAGACGCAUGCUCAACGAGACGAUCGAGGUGACACUGAAGGUGCACAACUUUACACACACCAAGCAUCGUUCACACACCUUUAACACGGCCUUUACCACUCUCUCUGCCUGCCUAGCUAGCAUCAUUCUAGUCCUGAUCUAUCUGUACUUGACACCUUGCCGCUGUUGGUGCAAGUCCAAGCACAGGCACCGAAAACCGAACGAAAGCAGCGCCCACUCCUCCAUCCUGAGCGCCACCCCACUGCAUGAGGCGGGUGCCGAGAGGAAAGCCAGCACUUGCAAACGAGUGGUCUUCCUGGAGCCCGUCAAGGAGCCGCUGAAAGGCCAAAAUGGGAAAAUGAAACUGCUCCCUCCCAGCCACGCAGUGGCUGAGAAGAUCCUGAGAGCCAACAGAGGCAAGGCGGAUGUCGACUCCAUCAGCUCCGUGUUCUCUGAUAACCUCAUUGUGGCUUAAUCCAAACCCCGUGGAUGCGUCUUAGCCAGAAUCUAGGUCGCUGCCCAUAGGACACCUUGAGAUGACCCAGUCAUGUUGGGACAUCUGGCAAAUCUGCCUGCCGGUGGAAAGGUGAGAGCAAGGGUACAGAGGAAUGCUUCUGCUCUGAAUGUUAACAGGGCCAUAUCGGCUUGGAGAAGAGUUUUACAAACUUGCUCAAUGUCUGGAACGGUGCAAGAUCCAGAAGAGGAAAAAAAUGUGCCUCCAGCUGCUGGAUUCUGCAUAUAGCCCAUUAGUUUGUCACAAGUAACAUCCAAAUAAAUCCAGCUUGGCGCCCUGGUGACAUGUUGUGACGAACCUGUUCAGAAGCAGUGACCAUGCCGCAUGCUCGCAAGUCUUUGGCUCAACUGAAAUUGGCCGUCUCAAAGUACGCCUGGAGACAUUUUGUUAAAUCCUUAGAAACCAA